CUAAGGCAGAAGUGUCCCCAGAGAGAUGGCAGAGCAGCACAGCGCGCCCGAGCAGGCUGCAGCCGGCAAGAGCCAUGGAGGCCUUGGGGGCAGCUACAAGGUGAUAGUGUAUGAGCUGGAGAAUUUCCAGGGCAAGCGGUGUGAGCUCUCAGCCGAGUGUCCCAACCUCACCGACAGCCUGCUGGAGAAGGUGGGCUCCAUCCAAGUGGAGUCUGGACCGUGGCUGGCAUUCGAGCGCAGGGCCUUCCGUGGGGAGCAGUUUGUCCUGGAAAAGGGGGACUACCCUCGCUGGGAUGCCUGGUCCAGCAGCCGGCGUAAUGACAUUCUCCUGUCCCUCCGGCCUUUGCACAUUGAUGGCCCAGACCACAAGCUGCACCUGUUUGAGAACCCAGCCUUCAGUGGACGCAAGAUGGAGAUCGUGGAUGAUGAUGUGCCCAGCCUGUGGGCCCAUGGUUUCCAGGACCGUGUGGCCAGCAUCCGAGUCAUCAACGGAACGUGGGUGGGCUACGAGUUCCCCGGCUACCGUGGGCGCCAGUACGUGUUCGAGCGGGGAGAGUUCCGCCACUGGAACGAGUGGGAUGCCAACCAGCCCCAGCUGCAGUCCGUGCGCCGCAUCCGAGACCAAAAGUGGCACAAGCGUGGCUGCUUCCUGAGCAGCUGAGGACGCGGUUCCCAGGGGCCG